UCCUGCUUUUUUUAACUGUCAAAGUUUGUUUUGUUUUUUUUGCAACGAAAAUCGUUGCUUAUUUUGUAAAUCGUAUUUUUGAUUUCAAAUUUAAAUGUACUGGUAAUUUGCGGAUUACUCAUAUCAGUCAUAUCGUUAGUUUUUCAUAAACAAGGUUAUAGGUUAGGCUGUAGGAAAUAGGAAUCAGCCUCAUUACUUGGGUGUGACUCAUGUAAAAUGCACCUCCUUAAAUUAUUAUUUCUCCUAUUUUGCGCAAGUUUAGGUAGCUGCUCGCAAUGCACAAUACCAAUAAUUCUGCAGGGGUCAUGGUUUUCUUGGGAAAAUGGGCAAAACACGCAAACAGAAUUGGAUGCAACAACAAUGUCCCGAAAAGGGGAAUGUAUUGGAAUUAUGUCGGAAUAUCAUGUAAAUUACACACUGAUUUUCAAGAAAGAGCAGUGCUACAGUUGUGUUAAGUUCCUCAUACGAACUGUGAAUGUUAUAGAAAAAAUUGAAACUCCUUGUGUGGAUGCCCCAGAUGAUCGGGUUUCGAUGGAAUACAUCUGUCGCAGUUUAAAUCCCGACCAACAACAAGUUACGCUCUUCUCUGAAAACUACAUACCUGUAAAUUGCAGAUCGUCCCUGGAAGGCGUAUGGAAUUUUGCUUAUCAGAACCGAUUCAAAUUUACAGGAGAAUGCAAACAUCCCGAUGCGCAUAUACGAUCUUGCCAACAGGCGGGUUCCCAAUUUUUAAUUACGAAUCAGAAAUUUAAUAUCACAUACAAAAAGUGCUCAGGAAUGACUGGAACGUUUGAUGGAGUGGUCGAAUAUAGCUGCUUGGGGGACUGGUUUGUGGACAAGAACCAUUAUUUCGCCGUUGCAAAUACGAAAGAAUCACGUAAGGAUGAAAAGUAUCGGUGUUUCCUGAAAAAUCGCGACGAUGAUCUUUAUAUCGGUGUCUCGAUCACUGCAGAAUGUAACACUUUGAAAACUGUCGAAAAGAGCCCUGAGAGAUUACACAUCACUCCAGUCAAAUCUGAAGUUGUCGAGCCGGGCUGUCGACUGCCACAAAACUUUUCAGGCGAGUGGAUUAAUACAGCGAACAUAGAUGCGGAUAUUUUCAUUAAUGAAACGCACAUCAUUGAGACGUGGUACCCCGACGAGGGUCGGUACAGGCGUACAAUUUACGUCUGUCGUCAGCAACGUGAUUCUCGAGUUAUGAUGGCCAGAUUGACUGUGGACGGAUGUCAAAAAGAUUACGUAUGCUUUGACUUUGUGCCACAGCAUCACAAUGUCAUACGUUAUCGUAGAGGUAUUGCGGUUAUCAAAGACAAUUUCCAUACCGUGUGUUCAUGGGUACAAUUUCCGAACCAGGUAAAGUGGAAGUACGAGUUGUAUUUACGAAAAAAUCCAGUUGCCAUUCGAUGUCCGGUAGCUGGGAAGUUUAAUUUUACUCAAAAGGGUGACAUACUUUACGAGACUCGAAUAUUGGGCGGUGUUACAUUGAGUCCGCGUCCUAAUAUAUACUGUAAGGAAAAUAUAUCAGAUUUUUCUGUUUGCGAUACAGACCAGAAGGAGAUCGCUAUUGAUGAGAAUUACUGUUUGUCUGUGGAUUAUCGUGGACGACCAGUAGAUAUUUACAGCGAUCCUGACUACCGAAUGCAGUGUAUAGCUUAUUGGAAGGAAAAUAUAAAAUCAUAUCUAAUAACCUACGACGAGUUGGACCCAUUUUCAAAGUAUCGGUGUUGGGUUUACCAAAGGGCUGACUUGAAUAGGGUGUUGAUGUCUCAAGCCAUUGGACCAUUCUGUGAUCUUAAACAGGAUGUGUAUUCUUCUAACUAUACUGAAGGGGCAGCAGUUCAUAUCGAAUUGCAAGAGUAUGAAAGAGAACGAGAUCGAUGUCCAAUGCACUUUGACGAUGGUACAAACCCUUGGGCUGAAACUGAAAGUACUAUCAAAGUACUAACAUUUGGGUCAUAUAGAAAUUCGUGUUCAACACAAUCGUUAAUACUCAUAUUGUAUAUAAGUUCUAUUUUUAGUAUAUAUUUCUUAUCUUAAGUGUACUGCACUGUUUUAUUACCGUCCAAAAAAGUUUUCAAGACUUUGAUCUAAUAUUGUGAUUCACCAAUUAAAAUUUCUCAAGUUUUCCCAAUUCCAUGCAGCUAGUCAUAAAAACUGAUUACUGCUUGGAGUAAUUUGAGAAAUUUUGCCUUAUUUUAAAUGACCAAAUUCGGCAACUAUUUUAUUAAUCUGAUUGUUGAUCUUUACAAUUCAUAAUAAUACGUACAUUUUUGAAAAAUGAGUCAUUUAUGUUGCGAAAAUUGUAUUAUUAUCUACAAAAAAUGUUCAGAAACGGUAAAUAAUAAUACAAUGUUUAUAAGACUUUUGUGUUUUUUA